GAAGCGGGGAGGGGCGGCGGGGCGGGGGCCUCCGGAAAAACGCCCGAACUUCCUGCCCCGCCAGAGCCAGGAAGCGGGAGCCGGGACGCAGGGCCCGGGAUCGCCGAGCCCGACCUCGGGCGCCCCGCCGGUCACGUCCCCGCGCGGACUCCAGCCCUGUGGAGCCCAUGGAGGCAGAGGACAUCACCCGCGGGCUGGCCCCAGGACCACCGCGGCCUGGCCUGGUGCCAGUCAGCAUCAUCGGGGCUGAGGACGAGGAUUUUGAGAACGAGCUGGAGACGAACACAGAGGAACAAAACAGCCAGUUCCAGAGCCUGGAGCAGGUGAAGCGGCGGCCUGCCCACCUCAUGGCGCUCUUGCAGCACGUGGCCCUGCAGUUUGAACCCGGACCCCUGCUCUGCUGCCUGCACGCGGACAUGCUGGCUUCUCUGGGCCCCAAGGAGGCCAAGAAGGCCUUCCUCGACUUCUACCAUAGCUUCCUGGACAAGACCGCGGUCUUGCGGGUGCCGGUCCCUCCCACUGUCGCCUUUGAACUUGACCGCACGCGGCCCGACCUCCUCCCUGAGGACGUCCAGCGGCAGUUUGUGCAGGAGGUGGUGCAGAGCCAGCAGGCAGCCGUCAGCCGGCUGCUGGAGGACUUCCGCUCCAAGCGGCUCAUGGGCAUGACGCCCUGGGAGCAUGACCUGACCCAGCUGGAGGCCUGGGUUGGGCGGGACCGUGCCAGCUUCGAGGCCCGGGAGCGGCACCUGGCCGAGCGGCUGCUGACCCACCUAGAGGAGAUGCAACCCACCAUCUCUACCGAUGAGGAAAAGAGUGCCGCUGUGGUCAACGCCAUCAGCCUGUACAUGCGUCACCUUGGGGUGCGGACCAAGAGCGGAGACAAGAAGUCGGGGAGGAAUUUCUUCCGAAAAAAGAUGAUGGGGAAUCGGCGGUCAGAUGAGCCAACCAAGACCAAGAAAGGCCUGAGCAUCUUCCUGGACGCCGCCCGCUGGAACCGGGGAGAGCCUCAGGCCCCCGAUUUCCGACACCUCAAAGUCGAGGCUGAUGCUGAGAAGCCAGGCCUUACGGAAAGGAGGGGAGGCCUGGGGGUGCCCUCCCGGGACCGGAAUGUUGGGGCUCCUGGGCAGGAUGUCCCUGGAGUUUCUCUGCACCCUCUGUCUGGAGACAGUCCCGACAAGGAACCAGGUGUUGAUGCCUCACCAGAGCUGGGGGACGCGCCCCCGCAGGGCCCGGCCAGCCUGGAGCCCCUGGCGCCCCCGGAGAGCACUGAGGAGGGCGCUGACACAGAGAGGCUAUCGGGGCGUCUGGGGCGCUCGGAGAGCCUGCGGGUGAGUGACCGCCGCCGGCCUUCCCGGGGCAGCCUCGGGGCUAAGGGCCGGGGUGGGGGCCGCUCCCGGAGUGACGUGGACAUGGACCCCAGCUCUGCCACGGCCGUGCUUGGCCCUGCCCGACGAGCCACCCCUGAGCCCGGAGAUGAAGGGGACCCGGGACGGUCAGGACUAGAGCUGGAACCAGAAGAGCCCCCUGGCUGGCGGGAGCUCGUUCCCCUUGGCACCCUGCACAGCCUGCCCAAGAACCAGGUGAAGCGGCAGGAGGUCAUCAGCGAGCUGCUGGUGACAGAGGCCGCCCACGUGCGCAUGCUCCGGGUGCUGCAUGACCUCUUCUACCAGCCCAUGGCGGAAGGGGGCUUCUUUUCCCUGGAGGAGCUACAGAACAUCUUCCCCAGCCUGGACGAGCUCAUCGAGGUGCAUUCCCUGUUCCUUGAUCGGCUGAUGAAGCGGAGGCAGGAUAGUGGCGACCUCAUUGAGGAGAUCGGAGAUGUGCUGCUGGCCCGGUUUGAUGAUGCCGAAGGCAACUGGUUCCAGAAAAUCUCCUCCCGCUUCUGCAGCCGCCAGUCAUUUGCCUUAGAGCAGCUCAAAGCCAAGCAGCGCAAGGAGCCUCGGUUCUGUGCCUUUGUGCAGGAGGCCGAGAGCCGCCCACGGUGCCGCCGCCUGCAGCUGAAGGAUAUGAUCCCCACGGAGAUGCAGCGUCUGACCAAGUACCCCCUGCUCCUGCAGAGCAUUGGGCAGAACACAGAAGAGCCGGCGGAACGGGAGAAAGUGGAACGGGCAGCUGAGUGCUGCCGGGAAAUUCUGCACCAUGUUAACCAAGCCGUGCGCGACAUGGAGGACCUGCUGCGGCUCAAGGAUUAUCAGAAGCGCCUGGACUUGUCCCACCUGCGGCAGAGCAGUGACCCCAUGCUGAGCGAGUUCAAGAACCUGGACAUCACCAAGAAGAAGCUGGUGCACGAGGGCCCGCUGACGUGGCGGGUGACGAGGGACAAGGCUAUAGAGGUCCACGUGCUGCUGCUGGACGACCUGCUGCUGCUCCUCCAGCGCCAGGACGAACGGCUGCUGCUCAAGUCCCACAGCCGGACGCUGACGCCCACGCCCGACGGCAAGACCAUGCUGCGGCCCGUGCUGCGACUCACCUCCGCCAUCACCCGCGAGGUGGCCACCGAUCACAAAGCCUUCUAUGUCCUUUUCACGUGGGACCAGGAGGCCCAGAUAUACGAACUGGUGGCCCAGACCGUGUCAGAACGGAAGAACUGGUGUUCCCUCAUCACCGAGACUGCUGGAUCCUUGAAGGUCCCCGCUCCCGCCUCUCGCCCCAAAUCCCGGCCCAGCCCAAGCAGCACCCGAGAACCCCUGCUCAGCAGCUCAGAGAACGGCAACGGUGCUGGCCGAGAGAUGCCCCCAGUGGACAGCCGGACAGAGAGAAUCCUCAGCACCCUCCUGCCCUACUGCAGGCCCGGCCCCGAGGGCCAGCUCGCGGCCAAGGCCCUUGAGAAAGUGCGGUCCCUGAAGCAACUCCUGUUUCCCUCGGAGGAAGACAGUGGGGCGGGGCCUCCCCGUGAAGGGGAUGGGGUCCCAGGGGGCGGCUCCCAGAGCCCCACCCAGACCCAGGAGAUUCGGGAGAAGCUGCUCAGCCUGGAGGAGACCAUGAAGCAGCUGGAGGAGGUGGAGGAAGAAUUUUGUCGCCUGCGACUCCUCCUGUCUCAGCUUGGGGAGAACACCGCCCCCCAGCCUGGCUGUACCUGAGGCCCCCUGCCCCAGGCAGGUCCCCACAGCGUACGUGUCACACAGACGUCCGCUCACGCUCCAGGGACACCCGGCGACACCACGGCGCACGGACCCACCAGAGUGCCACACUCCUGCUGGGGUGCAGCACCCCACACGCAACGUGCCACCGCGGCAUGCCUGCCGGACACCUGGCAUCGCGCAUCCCAACACACAAUCGCACAUCUCGGGCCCCUCAGAACUGGGACCUGCUAACCACAGCGCCAUGACAGGAGACACAGGGGACCCCAAAGGCCCAGCUAGCUAACAGUGCCGUGGCGCCGGUGAGCACAGCCUCCAGACGUGCGUCAGCCUGACGGGCACACACGGGGUGACGCCACCCCUAUAAAACAGCCCCCCAGACCCUCCACAUGCAGGCACCCGCGGCUCGCUCUGCAUGACACACCUCACACUCAGAUGGGUGUCCCGCGCCCCUGUGUGCAGAUGCUCCAAAUAAGCCGGAUGGAAAUGGGAGGGUCUUGCCCACCCCUAAGUCUUACCUCCCGGCCGAAGGCCCCAGGGCCUGGGUCCCGCUUCUGUGCUCAAUCCCGGGCUCCCUCCUCUGUCCCCUCUCUCCCUCAGAGACCCCAGGCCCAGGCAGGAGAAUAGAAGGCAGGAUGAGCCCUAAGGAACCAUCGCUGGGGAGGAAGACAACGCGGAGCUGAGAGCGCGGCCACAUGAUCUACUUGCUGUGUGGUCCCAGGGCACGUCCUUGCCUUCUCUGGCUCAUUAGAACUUCAGGGGUGGGAGGCAAGGAGCAGCAGGGUCCCAUCCGGGCUGCCUGGUGCAUGUGAGUGGGUGCUCACGCCUCCCUGCCGAAGGCUCAGAAGCCAGGCAGUCUCCCCCCCGAAAGCAGAAUUUUUCUCUCAACCCCAUCUUGGGUCUUUCUUACUCCAGGUAAGACAGGCUCAAUUAACUCGCGAGCUCUGGCCCAUUGCACACCUGGAACACAUCCGAGUGGGGAAGAGGCGACCCCAAAGAUGACAGCCCAGAGAUGACAGCACACAACUGGCCACACACAUGCAGAUACACAACCCAAUCUGGAACCGCCAUCUGUCCUCAAAUACACUGUACCUGCUGAGACACACACAACUAGAGAGGACCCACAACCUCAGCCUGCAGAUACACACGUUAUGACAGCCCCCCAGAUUCAGUCACACUCAGUGACACACAGAUGCAAGAAACCCCCUGACACACACCCACCCCCCAACACAGACACAGAGGCCGGGGGCGGAGGGGGCACCCACCCACACAGCCCGAAGCGCACCGAGACAUCCAUUCUGGACCACGACACAGACCCGGAAGUAACAGCAGCAGGCCCUUCACCCGACUGAGGCAGGUACGUACUUGGCGAGCUGACACCCACCUUCCCCCAGUCCUAAAAUGUAAGCACGCUCGACAUCCUAAAGAAACACGACCCACCCAGCCCAGAGACACCCAGGUAGCCUCCUGUGUGUGUGCAAGCAGGCACACCAGCUCACACAAAGACAGAUGCUGCACAGACAUACGCUCUCCCAGUGUGACCCCUUCUUCCAGAAGCACUGAAGCAUGACACAGGGACACACUCAGACCCCACGCAUAAGCAGGCACACACACACACACACGCACACACACACAGCCCAUCUGUGGGGCGUGUGACUUGGACUCAAAUGCACAUCCAAGCCAGUCUUACUGUCCACAUCCCCAGCUCUGAGUGUCCACUUCUGAGCAGGCCGUCCUCUCUCCCAGGGCUCCGGCGGGCUGGGCCAUGUCUCCACGUCCCCCUGCCCAGGCAGUCCCUGUCCAUCUAUCCACCUGCGCCCCCUCCGGUCCCCGCCCCUACGCCGUCAGGGUGCCUGGCCGUCUCCAGCCUCCUUGCCUCUCUUUGCCCGAAGGUCCUGGGCAGGGAGCAGGCGAAGAGGUACGCAGCCGGGACCCCAGGACCUCAGACCCCUGCAUCCUGUCCGUUUCAGACCCCGAUACCUCCCCCACCCUCACGUCCCAGCAGGCAGGUAGCAGGGACAUCUCGCUGUGAAGUUUUUAGCCAAGUUUUUCAUUAGGGGGUUGCAUUCAGGGGAC